AUGGCCGCAGCUUGGCCCGCGGCGCGCGCGCGCUGGCUCGGGCUUGGGCUCAUCUUCCUGGCGCGAGUCUUCGUUCGGUCUGAGUGGCACUCCAGGAGCUUUGCCAGGCCUGCGCUGCGGGCGCGCUGGAACUGCUUCGCCCAUAUCUACUGCGUCAACCUGGAUGACAGGCCAGAGCGCUGGCGCUUCAUGCAGCAGCAAUUCGAGGAGCUGCAGAUGCCUGCGCAGCGCUGGAGUGCAGUAGAUGGUCGCUCUCUAGACUUCAAGGCCCUUGAGGAGCUGGUCUACGGCGGGGAGCUUAGCGCGGACGCCGUGCAGCGGCUCUUCCUACCGAACCAGCAGAAGGUCUUCGGCAUGGAUCUCACGCCUGGUGCCAUCGGCUGUGCCCUCUCGCACAUGCAGAUCUGGCUAGACAUCAUGCAGCGCCACGGGCAAGGCGAGUUUCAUGGCGAUGAGCGCAGCCAGUUCCUGGUAGUUGAAGAUGAUUGCGAGUUCGUGGCGCACCUUGACGAGGAGCACGUGCAAGCACGCCUCGAGGAGGUGCCUGAGGAUUGGCAGUUGGUCUUCUUGGGUGGAGUUGAUGCCAUGGGCCUCCAGCCCUUGCUGCAGAUCUCCCCGGGCGUGAGGCGAGUCUACAACGGCUCGCGGGAGACAACGGCGUAUGCCAUCAACGUGGAAGGUGCCAGAGAAGCGCUAAAGGUGUGCUUCCCCUUGUCGUGGCAGCUGGACACCAUGCUGACCAUGAACUCUCGCCUCUGCGACCCGCCAAUGUGGGUGAGUGAGGACAUGCAGUUGUCAUACACGGUGAGACCAAUGAGCUACAUACUUUGGCCACCCCUGGCCCUACAAAACAAGAAGGACUUUCGGACUGACGUCCAGAAAGACGAGCACCCGGAGUUUCUUCGCUCCAACAGCUACGAGGUGAUGCCGGAGAUGCUGCCGGCCCUUCCGCCUGAGAGACGGGAGCUGCAGAAAGAGGCGCCGGACAGGAGUUACUCGCUGGUUGGAAGCUGGGACGACUGGCUGAACUUCCAGCCGCUCCACUUCUCGGAUGGGAAGCUGCUCGCUGAGGUGGAUGUGCCCCCCGGCUCACCAGUGGAGUUCCAGGUGCUGCGAGAUGAUGACUGGAACCAGAGAUAUUUCCCUGAGCCCGAUGGCAGCAUUCGGUUAGGCGGGAGUCACGAUGCCCACGGCAAGAACUGGCGUCAGGCUGUACCGCUGGGGCCGCCAAAGAAGCUGCAUGUGGCGUGGGACCCCACCCCCGGAGGUCGAUUGGAGCACUGCCUGGGCGAGGCAUCUUCACUGGCGCUCGGGCGCAGCUAUGCGCUCUCCGGCAGCUGGGAUAGGUGGGCCUCGCAUACCGCCUUUGUUCACUCCGAGGAGAGACUAGGUACCUAUGUGGCAGCUGUAGAGGUACCAGCAGGCGUGGACAUUGAGUUUCAGGUCGUUUGCCCCGGGGGGGAGUUCGACGAGCGGAUCUUCCCCUCCGAGGCGGGCGAGAUCCUGGGGCCCCGCGGCGACUCCUUCGGCGACUCGGUGGAGCCGGAACUGGCGACUUCCUGCGCCCACGCGCCGGAAGACGCUUUGGGUCUACUGGAGCCCGGUGGGCAAGCGGCGCCUUCGCGUCUACUUGGGUCAGGUUGGCGACGUUGGCGUCUGGCCAGGGGUGGCUUUGCCCCGAAGCAGCCGGCGGCCGCGUGGGCGGAGGAAGACCGUGCGUGGGGCAAAAGGAGCGUUCUGACCAGCGUUGGUUCUCCGCGCUGA